GCGAAAUGUCGGCUUCGGUUUUCUCUCCGUUUGUGGGAAGAAACCUGUCUUCCCAAGCGUGGCUGCGAGAGCUUGGUCUCCAGGAGAGCUCCCCGGGACUGGUGCCUGGAGGAAAGGGGAUGGGCUUUGUGUCCAGACGGGGGUCCUGUGUCUAACCUUGACCGGCCCGGUUUCCGUGACUAUGGGGUCGGGGGCGCUUCUGAAGAAUCCAGGUCCAAAUCUGUACUUAUAACUGUGCUUCUUUUCGGGACCAAUGAAGUCUCUUCUUGGUCUGUCAUGCUCUUGUGGCAUGAAGGACAGGACCCGUUUUGGCCAUUGUAAUGUUUUUAACCCCUGUUUUGACUUAAGUUUGGCUUGUGGUAGAGAAAAGCAGAGACUGCGUCUGGACUAGUUAUAGGUUGCACACUAAUGGAAGUGCCCUUCAGAAGAUCUUAAAGAGCAGAAAACAGAUCUGAUCUGUGUGACAGCUAACCUGGAGAGACAUCCCUCUGAGUUGGAAUGAUAAUGACAGAGUCUGGGGAAGUUAUAGACUUAGACCCUCCAGCUGAGACUUCACAGGAGCAAGAAGACCUUCUAAUAGUGAAGGUGGAAGAAGAAGACUGCACGUGGAUGCAGGAGUACAAUCCUCCAGUGUUUGAGACUUUUUACCAGCGCUUCAGGCACUUCCAGUACCAUGAGGCCUCAGGCCCCCGGGAGGCCCUGAGCCAGCUCCGGGUGCUCUGCUGUGAGUGGCUGAGGCCUGAGCUGCACACCAAGGAGCAGAUCCUGGAGCUGCUGGUGCUGGAGCAGUUCCUGACCAUCCUCCCUGAAGAGUUCCAGACCUGGGUGAGAGAACAUCACCCGGAAAGUGGAGAAGAGGCUGUGGCUGUGGUAGAAAAUAUACAGAGAGAACUAGAGGAACGCAGACAACAGAUCGUGGUGUGUCCUGAAGUGCUUCCUCAGAAGAUGGUGCCACCUGGAGUUGUGCAGGAGUCCCUCAGCCACCAGCUCCCGUCUGUGGACCCCCAGUCUGAACAGGAGCCACAGAAGCCUCAUCUCCUGGAGGAAAAUGCCCUACCUGCUCUCCAAGUUCCUUCCCUUCCCCUGAAGGACAGCCAGGAGCUGACAACCUCACUUCUCUCGGCUGGGUCCCAGAAGUUGGUGAAAAUUGAAGAUGUGGCUGAUGUGGCUGUAUCCUUCAUCCUGGAGGAAUGGGGACAUUUGGACCAGUCCCAGAAGUCCCUCUAUAGGGAUGACAGGAAGGAGAAUUAUGGGAGUAUUACUUCCAUGGAUUACGAAUCUGGGCAUGACAAUGUGGAACUCGCCGUAAAGCAGAUUUCCAAUGACGCUGAACCCCACUGGAUGACUUCAGGAAGCCCUGAAAGAAAUGUUCCCCAGAGUCAAGGGUUUGGAGAAGUUAGUGACCUUCAUGGCAUGGUAGAGAGGUGGCAGGUAAACCCCGCAGUGGGGAGAUCAAGGCAGAACCCUUCCCAGAAAAAAGAUCUUGGUACCAUCGCGGAUGUUAACCGUAAGCACAACACAAGUGGCGAGAGAGGUCACAAAUGUAACGAUUGUGGUAAAUUUUUCCUUCAAGCCUCAAACUUCAUUCAACAUCGGCGAAUCCACACUGGAGAGAAACCGUUUAAGUGUGGUGAAUGUGGGAAAAGCUACAAUCAGCGGGUGCAUCUGACUCAACACCAGCGAGUCCACACUGGUGAGAAACCCUACAAGUGUCAGGUGUGUGGAAAAACCUUCCGCGUGAGCUCACACCUCGUCCAGCAUCACAGCGUGCACAGCGGAGAGAGGCCAUACGGGUGUACCGAGUGCGGGAAAAACUUCGGUCGGCACUCCCAUCUGAUCGAGCACCUGAAACGCCACUUCAGAGAGAAAUCCCAAAGAUGCAGUGACAAAAGAAGUAAGAAUACAAAAUUGAAUGUUAAGAAGAAAAUUUCAGAAUUUUCAGAAGCCGAUGUGGAACUCUCAGGAAGAAUCCAAAGAAAUGUUUCUCAAGGUCAAGAUUUUGGAGAAGGCCAUGAGCACCCAGGCAAGUUGGAUAGAAAGCAGGGAGUUCCCAUGAAAGAGAUACUAGGACAGCCCUCUUCAAAGAGGAUAAAUUUUAACGAAGUCACGUAUGUGCACAAAAAAUCAGCCACAGGAGAGAGACCACAUAAAUGUAAUGAAUGUGGAAAAAGCUUUAUUCAGAGUGCACAUCUGAUUCAACAUCAGCGAAUCCACACAGGGGAGAAGCCCUUUCGGUGUGACGAAUGUGGGAAAAGCUACAAUCAGCGGGUGCAUCUGACUCAGCACCAGCGAGUCCACACUGGUGAGAAACCCUAUACCUGUCACUUGUGUGGGAAAGCAUUUAGAGUGCGGUCCCAUCUUGUUCAGCAUCAGAGUGUGCACAGUGGGGAGAGACCCUUUAAGUGUAAUGAGUGCGGGAAAGGCUUUGGGAGGCGGUCCCACCUUGCGGGGCAUCUGAGACUCCACUCUAGAGAGAAAUCCCAUCAGUGUCAUGAGUGUGGAGAGAUCUUUUUUCAGUAUGUUAGCCUCAUUGAACAUCAGGUGCUCCAUAUGGGUCAGAGAAAUGAAAAAAAUGGCAUUUGCGAGGAAGCUUACAGUUGGAACCUGACAGUGAUUGAAGAUAAGAAGAUGGAGUUACAAGAGCAGCCUUAUAAGUGUGAUAUCUGUGGCAAAGCCUUUAGUUAUAGUUCAGACCUUAUUCAGCAUUACAGAACUCACACUGCAGAGAAAACCAAUAAAUGUGAUAUAUGUAGAGAAAGUGUUGGCCAGUGUUCCCACGUAAAACAACACCAAAAAACCUACUCCAACAUGAAGUCCCAUCAAUGUAAUGAGUGUGGCAGAGGCUUCACUCUGAAGUCACAUCUUAAUCAGCAUCAGCGAAUCCAUACUGGUGAGAAACCCUUUCAAUGUAAAGAAUGUGGAAUGAGUUUCAGUUGGAGUUGUAGCCUCUUCAAACAUCUGAGAAGUCACGAGAGGACAGAUCCCAUAAAUACCUUAAGUGUAUAGAUGUUUCUGUUGUAGAACAGCUCUUACUCAAUUUUAGAGAAGCCUUCCUAAGAGAAACCCUCUUCCUGUAAUGAAUGUAAUAACAACUUUCAGCAUUCUCUCCAACGUAACCAUCAAACCUACAGAUAUGUUGAAAUCUUCAGUUAGAACUUAGGAACACUGGAGAAUCCACAGUGAAUAGAUAUCUGUUUGCUUUCGCCAUCGAGAAGUGCUUUUGUUAGCAUCUUCAUGCUUAAGAAUCUAGACAAGAGAGCACCUGUGGAUAUGGUGGAUGAAGAAGAGCCUUCAGG